UCGUAUCUGAGAUGAAUUUAAAUGAUAAACUCUGUGCUGGAUACAUCGAGGACAUCGCGACUGCUUGGUGUCCUACGCAAGGGAAGACACCGAACCCCGCAAAAUGCGGUUGCCGCACCGUGUGAUGGCUCUCCAGCCUUGCCACAGGGUGACUUGCAGCAACCAGUUAAUGUAUGCACACAAUACGCAUAUGCAUCUGAUACAUAAAUACCUUCAAUCAUGGUCUUAUUCAGGCCUCCAGCCGUUCAAACAAAUGUAUGUCCGUACAUACAUACGGAGUGCAUAUGCUUCGUACCUCUUCGUUCACGACAUGUGGCCGCCGAUUUUUCAGAGAUCCCGAGGAGGGACAAAGGGAGCCGUUAUAUCUCCCUGCUCUUUCCCCGUACAAUACCUUACGUGGCUUAAAGAAACACCAAUCCCAUAGACCGGUUGCGUUCGAAAUUCUCAACCCGUCAAAUCAAAUUUCCAGUCUUACUUGGCAGAAAGCGUACGCAGGACCACGGUAUUACAUGUAUGUACGUAUGUACUAUACAGAGUACAUCCCUACAAUAACGAUAUACAAAUAUUGAAAUGUGGAAUGAUAAAGCUCUCAACGCAAAUGUUCCCCGUCACAGCAUCACCUUUUUCCGUCUCUGGUAUCAACUGGGGUUGAUAAAUAGUUAAUGUUAAUAACCAAGCAAUUCAGAUAGGAAGAACCGGCAGGCCUCCUAACCGGGCUUGUGGUCAUAUUUAAAUUCUGACCAGGUGCUUCAAGGAUGACGGAAGAAAGGACACUUCCUUGCAAUGGCGAUCCUCGAUCUGAGCCAUGUUAUCGCCUCAACACACUUGAACGUCAUGAGCUAGUUGAAGGAACAUCCACUCAACACAAAGACAACGGUUGUGCUCAAUUAGCGGUGGCCGGUCAGAUCCGGAGCACAAACGUUCCACGCUCUCGGUUCAUAUCGUCCGCGAGCAUUUCGGCCGGUGGACAAUCGGUUUCUGCCAAGUAGUAUUUGUUACGGCCUUCAAUUGAAAAUUUCCCCCAUUGCGCGAGAGGAUGCGAUGAAGAUAUUUUACCUUGUUUUACUGCUCGCAGCUUCUCAGAGAUGACGAUCUUGCUGGUUGGAAUUCCAAAUCCGUCUGCAGCGCCCGUGAGCUGCCUCCAAAGAAAGCCCAGCUGGCGCUGAUCUCUCUAGGAAAGUACAAGCUUGAAAGCUUCAAGAAAGGGAACGUUGGCGUCCAUUUCUGGGCAAACCAGUCCCUAAAUGGCUAUUCCUAAGGAAGCGGGGAUUAUGCGGACAUAGGACAAAGCACAUAUAUGUGCAGGUCAAGCAGAUGCAUCCUAUCUAGCAGUUUCCACAUUAUCAAAAUGAAAGGCCAUUGAGCCU